AUGGCGCUCACGUCCCGCAUCUCCCUCGUCGGCCCGCCCGCCGAGUCCCCGGAGGACUUUCUCAUCAGCUCCCUGGGCGUCAUCUUCCCCGACGACGUCACCAACCAGCACGGAGACGCCGACCACGGCAUCGAGUACGCCUCCCCGCACCUCCGCAAGCCGCUGCGUUUCGACCUCGCCGAGCCCAGCGCCGACGACGACCGUAAGCUGUUCAGCCACUACCUGUGGAACGCGAGCCUCCAGCUGGGCGAGUUUGUCGAGGCUGGCACCCUCGGUCUGGACACCGUCAAGAUCGAUCUCGGCCCGCCCGUGUCGCAUUUCAAUGUCCGCGGCUUGACCACCAUCGAGUUCGGAGCCGGCACCGCCCUGCCGAGCAUCAUGUCCGCGUUGCUGGGCGCCGUCCGCACCGCCGUGACCGACUACCCCGCCCCCGCCGUGCUCAAGACGCUCCGUGCCAAUGCCGCCCGGAACAUUGACGCCUCGGUCUCCCCCACCGGCGCCCUCACGGCGGAAGAAGUCCUGGUCGAGGGCCAUUCCUGGGGCGAGCUGGACGACCCCUUCUCCGUCGCCAACAAGCACGCCUUCGACCGGGUUUUUGUCGCCGACUGCCUGUGGAUGCCGUGGCAGCACGCAAACCUGCACAAGUCCAUCGCCUGGUUCCUCCGGGACGGCCCCGACGCCCGCUGCUGGGUCGUCGCCGGCUUUCACACGGGCCGGCCCAAGAUGCGCGGCUUCUUCGACGAGGCGGCGCUGGCCGAGGCCGGGCUGGAGAUCGAGCGCAUCUGGGAGCGAGACUGCGACGGCGUCGAGCGGGAGUGGUUGUGGGAUCGCGGCAUCGAAGACGUGACCAUCCGGAAGCGCUGGCUGGUGUGCGGUGUCUUGAGGCGAAAGGCCUAG